GCUUAGACAGCCACUCUUCGCGAGUAGCCGCCAUGACCCUGUCUGCCAGCAGAGCGCUGUCCAGGCGUAUAGCAAGAUCCAGGCUCGCAAUCGGCCAUUCCUUCAGCGGCCUCAGCGAGCCCGGUGAGGCCUCACGGCCCCGGCUGAUCAUGACCCCGCGAAUUAGCGAGAAGCGAGGUGGCGACGCGCGGGUGUCCAAGCAGAUGCCUUGGAUCUUCCGGAAUGAGGCGGCAAACGUGGAGGAGCUACGUGGGUUGGGCACGGCAGCGCUCGUAAACGUGGAGAGCAGCGAGGGCCGAGAACUAGGCAUCGCAAUGUGCAACCUGACCAAGGGCGGCAGCACCGGCGUGAACGUCCUCGCGCGCAUGCUGAGCGACAACGUAGACACAAGUAUUGACCUCGACUUCUUUCGUGCCAGAGUACUUCGGGCUUUGGAGCACCGGACCCGAUGCUGGCCGGACAGCAAGCACUAUCGGCUCAUCAACGGAGAGGGUGACCUCCUGCCCGGCGUGCUGUGCGACCGCUACGGGGAUGUGCUUUGUCUUCAAUUCACCGCGCUGGCCGCAGAAGUUCUGCUACAGGAGGACAUAUUGAAUGCCCUGGAGGCAGUGCUUGCGCCCAAAGCAGUGGUCCUCCGCUACGAUGCUCGCACGGAUCGACUUCUGGAGAAGGCCAGCAUCAAGCAGCCGGAGCUGGUCCGCGGCAGCUCUCCAGGACUCCUGGAGUGCCCCACCCCCGGGUUUCUGUUCGUGGCUGACCCUUUCGCAGAGGGCUGGAGCUCGGGGGCCUUCUUCGCUGAGCGUCGCCUCAGAGAGCUGCUGGCAGGUGCGCUAGAAGAACUGACUGCGCCCAACAAGAGUGCGGUCCCCAGCGCUCGGCGAACGCCAGGCAAGCCGAAGCUGAGCGAGCCUGUGCUGGUCCAGCCAAAGGUGCUGAGUCUCUUCGGCGAAAGCUCCGGGAUCUCCGCUGCCGCGAAAGGCGCCAAAGUCACAUGCGCCGUGGCCAGCGGCUCGGCCAAAGAAGCUGAGCAGGCUUUGCGGCUAUUGGCGGAGAGGAACCAGUGCCAAGACCACGUAACGUACUGCAGCCUCGGCGAGGAGCCCAGGUUGGAGGAGCUGGGGGAUCAGUGCAAAGCAUUCUUCGACGUGGUGUCCCUGGAGCCUCCUGCAUUGGCACCCACCUAUGGCCGUCUUGAGGAGGGUGCUCGCCUGUACACGGCCUGGUGCGGCUUGGCCGCCGCAGCCUGCAAACCCGGAGGACUGCUGCUGGUGGCCUGCAGGAGUCGAACCAUGUCACCCGUGAGGCUGAUGCGGUGCAUCAACAUGGGCAUCUGGUCAGCAGGGCGACAAGCGCGCUUGGUGCACCGCUCGGCUCAUGCUGGGCUGGACAGCCCCAUUCACUUCGCCUUGCAAGACACCAACCAGUUCCAGCUGGUGGCCCUGCGGCUCUCGGAAGGUUAUGCGGCAAGCUGAGAAAAGUACUGCGGCCCUGAGCCAAAGCGCCUGAGCAAUAUGAUGAUGCACGCUUUCCGCAGCCAUGCCAC